AUGGGGAGUGCCCCUACUGUCAUGCAAGCCCCACCGGAAACGGAGAAGGAUGAAUCGCAAGUAAUGGAACCAGGAUUGCUGACAGCGGUGCGGAAAUUAACCUACUCAGCUGGGUCUCAAAGUACAAAGCAAAUCAUGGUAGAGGUAGACAAAGACAACAUAGUUCAAACACAAGGCAUACAACUAAAGUUCUAUCCUUCGGUAGUCAAGGAUGGAGUGAAAAUGGCUAAGCUGAACCCACAGGAGAUAGAACAACAGUUGACGACACCAACGGUACUUCUUCAUGACGAUGGAUAUUUUAUUUUUCGAUUUGAAUCUAUGGAGGACAAAAACUUAAUUCUGCAAAAUGGACCUUACACCUUCAACAAUAGACCUAUGGUCUUGAAGGAUUGGGAUCCAGAUUUCCAAAUUCAGAAUGAAUUUAUGAGAAUAGCUCCUAUAUGGGUUAACCUACUAGAGCUGCCUAUCCAGUGUUGGGCUGAGGAAAACUUAGGUAGGAUUGCUAGUCUGCUAGGCAAAUCUAUUUGCACUGAUAAACUUACUGCACAGUGUGAAAGAGUUUCAUAUGCUAGAGUACUCAUUGAAAUGGAUAUCACACAACCACUACCAGAUGAAGUACUCAUUGAAAAGCCAUAUGGAAGUAGCUGGAUGCAGAGAGUGGAUUUUGAAUGGAAAUCAAAACUUUGA